AUGGCCGGCGCCAAGGCAUUGCUCCUCCUCCUCCUCUGCGCGGCAGCGACGACGCUGCUGACCCCACCUCCUGCGGCGGCGGCGGACGACGGGCUGACCAAGAUCAAGCUGUACUGGCACGACGUGCUGGCGGGGAAGAGCCCGACGGCGAUCCGGAUCGCGCAGGCGGCGUCCAGCAACAGCUCCUCCACCUUCUUCGGCGCGGUGGUGGCCAUUGACGACCCGCUCACCACCACCCCCGCCGUCACGGGCUCCGCCAAGUCCAAGGACGAGGUGGGCCGCGCGCAGGGCACCUACACCUUCGCCGACCAGACCACCUUCGGCCUCCUCAUGAACAUGAACUUCGUCUUCACCGCUGGCGACUACAAGGGCAGCAGCCUCUCCAUCUACGGCCGGAACGAGGUGCUCUCCGCCGUCAGGGAGAUGGGCAUCGUCGGGGGCGCCGGCAAGUUCCGCAUGGCGCGCGGGUACGUUGAGGCCCGUACCAUGGACUCCGGCAACUCCGGCGAGACCGUCGUCGAGUACACCGUCUACGUCAAGACAGCCGCUUCGGCGUAGCUAGCGGAGAUGGAUUAGGUAGUAGUGUCCACUGAUGUGUCCUGUCCAUGUCCAUGUAUGCUGGGAAAAGGAUUGUAGCUUUGCUUGGAAUUA